AUGGCGGUUGAUUGGAUCACCAGGAACCUGUACUGGUCUGACAGUGGUUUAAAACAGAUCAUGGUGUCCAGGGAGGAUGGUCGGUACCCCCACAGGUUGUUCUAUGAUGGUGUUGACGAACCUCGGUCUAUAGCUGUUCACCCGGUUAAAAGGUUUUUAUUUUGGUGCGAUGCUGGAGUGGAACGACCAGGAAUCGAGAGGAGUUAUUUAGACGGUUCCAAUCGGACUAUUAUAGUGGCCAGAAACAGAGUACAGAGACCUCGGGCUCUUGCUAUUGAUUUUAAAGAUGAUCGGUUGUAUUGGACAGAUGGGAUGGUGAUUCACUAUGGUAAACUUGAUGGUACUGGUCAAUUCUGUCUACACAGUUCAGGAAGGUCUACAGUUAGGUCCUUAUUGGUCCUACAGCUAUACACGGUCACGAACAUCUUCACAAUGUCAAGCUAUCACGAAUUUCGUCUUAUACAUCAACUACAGAGCCCUAGACAGAAAGAGUUUCUGUCGAUGCCUCUAAUUGGUUUUAAUCUCUACCGUACAGUCCAAUCAAAUCGCUGCAGUUAUAAACUUCCGUUAUAUAAGAAUAAUGGCUAUUGCAGUCAAGAUGCAUGUGGAAUAAAGAACGGUGACUGUGAACACUUGUGUCUACCAUCAGCUACUGGCAGGACUUGUGCUUGUUCUCUCGGAUAUUGGAAGAUUAACGAAACCAGGUGUAUUUCUGGCGUUGGUGAUGAGAAAUUCUUAUUGUUUGCGGAUCAACGACAAGGCGCCAUAUUUCAACGACCGUUAUUCCUGAAUGAGUACUAUGCCAUACCAUUACAGGGGGUAAAACAACCGAGAGAUGUGGUUUAUGAUCCAGUCAAGAAAUUCUUUUCGGCACCCUGUGAUACAUUUUUUUUUAUUUCAGCGCCCUACACAUUAACCCUGGACGCCAAAUCUCAACUGCUGUACUUUGUGGAUAUUUAUAAGGACUUGGUGGUAGCUGUCAACCUCAGAAAUAAACAAUAUGCUAAAAUAAUUGAGGGCGAUCGAUUCGUAGCCUUUCAGAAUAUCAAAAAUGUGGCUUUGGAUCCGACCAGAGGAAUGAUGUACAUAUCAUGUCAGCAUAAAAUGAUCUCGGAUAACAAGACCAGAUUAAUUGGUGCCAUUUAUUCAGCGACAAUGACAGGGAAGAAUUUAACAGCCUUUCAUAUUGGACCUGGUGAACCUAAAGGUCUGGUAGUAUAUGAGGAUGAGGUCAUAUGGAUAGACAGUCAAAAGAGAUAUAUCAAGGGCAAGGCCACAGUCAACGGAUCGGUUUAUGACUUAAAACGGAUUACUGAAUCCGGUCAGUUACAUGAUAUCACCAUAUCCGAUGGUUAUAUAUACUGGACGGUUUUAUCUGGAAAACCAAUAAAAAGAUCACCGUUGGAUAACUUGACAGAAACAGAGACUCUGGGUUGGGACAAUUUCUAUAGAGUCCAGAGUAUUGAUUCAUAUACAGGUGAUACGCUCAAUGAAUUUUGUCUGACAAGGGGAGUAAACAAUGGAACCCUGGUGAAUAAUGGACGGUCCAGAUAUGUACCAGUGGGCUAUAGAUUAGAGAUACUGUGUAAUCCAGGAUAUAAGAUAAAAGGCAAGAUGACAGCAGAAGAUAACAGGAGGGGUUAUGUAUUGUGUAUUGGAGAGGGCAGUUGGAAUAAACGAGCUGUUUGUGAAUUUGCUUUACUCUACGAGAUCCAUGGAACAAAUAACCGUGGUUACGUAGAGCUGACAAGAUCAACCUACUUUCUCGUCCCACCCCGAGUCAAGAGAUUAAACGUGAUCUGUAUCGGAGGUGGUGGUGGAGGCUUCGAUUCUAAUUAUAAAGAAUUUAAGAAGAAAGACAAGGCUGGAGACGGUCAGGCGUCAAGUUUCAGUGACAAGUUGAUUAGUUUGGGAGGCGAAGGCGGCAGACUCUGGCGAGGUGGAAACGGAGGCAUCGGAACAGUUUUAUUUGGUGGUGAGGGAGCUAGUGCCAACGACUGUCACUAUGGGGGUGCGGCAGGACAGCUGACCCAGAAGAAGGGCUGCUAUCAACCAUCAACGUUCUGCUUGUACUGUGGUGCUGGGGGUUCUAGGGGCAAAGGCGAAUGCCCACUGUGUCCCUUAGGAUUGGAGGGGGGUUGCUCGGGUCCUCUGAGCUCCAACGCCACUAAACAUGCAGGAUGUAGUUAUGGGGGAGGGUCCAGUGGAGGCUCGGGAGGGGGAGGGGGUGGCGCUGGGUACUCCAGAGCUUACGUUGACGUGACCCCAGGGGAAAUGGUGCUAGUAACCGUGGGAAAAGGAGGUGCCCCGUCAUACAAACCCGCGGGGGACGGGAUUGUGGUCAUCAGCUGGAAUGGGCGUAUUGAAGAUUUUAAAACGGACAGAAUAAUGAUGUAUGAAGAAUCUAAUUUUGAAGAUAAAUCUUGCUUGUAA